AUGAAGAACCUCAAGCUUCUAAACAUAGGCCAGGUUGUUCCUCAGUCGCGGACUUAUCCGGAUUUGGAGGUGUUGGACUCCGUUUUCGACGUCAUUUCAGACUCUCUCACUUUUGUGCUAGGAACACAAGAGAGUCAGGUUUUGGAGGUGCAGCAGUUCAUGAAAACGGGCCAGGUCAACUUGUUGGCAUCUUUAUCUGUGAACGAAUUUGACAAGAUGAUUAUGUUUGCUCACUUUGAAGAUACUCAUCAGUUGGUGAUCAUAUUUGAGCAAGGAGAUAUCAUGAAUGCUGUUUAUGACGAGACAAAUCCAGAUCCAGACACCACGAUGGUUGAGAUUGUUGGGUCUAUUGAUUGUGGAAUCAAGGCAGCUAAGUGGUCGCCGGACGAGGAGACUUUGGCUGUUUUGACUCAAGAAAACAACUUGGUGCUAUUGACUAGAACUUUUGAGCCAAUUGCGGAGAAAUAUCUAAAUCCACAGGAUAUCAACACCAGUACACAUGUUUCUGUUGGAUGGGGAAAGAAAGAAACUCAAUUCAAAGGCAAAGGGGCCAAACAGUUGGAAAGAGACCGACUGGCCUUGAAAAACGCAGGACUUAAUAUAGAUAGCGACCAUGCCAUUUUGCACGAUCCAACGGUUGCAGAAGUUCAACAAGGCCAAGUUUCUGAGUUUGACUCUUUCAAGAGCGAUAUUUCUUGGCGUGGAGAUAGUCAGUAUGUUUCUUUGAGCAAUGUGGAGGAGAUAGAGCCCGGUCAAGACCGUCGAGUGAUACGAGUUUAUUCCCGUGAGGGUGAAUUGGACUCAUGUUCUGAGGCCGUUGAUGGUCAUGAGGAGGGUCUUGCGUGGAAACCGCAAGGAUCUUUGAUUGCAUCAACCAGAAGAAGAUUCGAGGAGGAGAUUAAUGAACAAGUUGUUGAUUUGAUCUUUUUCGAAAGAAACGGUCUGAGACACGGGGAAUUCCCUACUCAAUUACCGGAAAACUCGAAAAUACUGCAAUUGGACUGGUCCUGCAACAGCGAGAUGCUUGCAUUCCGUCUUUAUAACAGAAUCCAGAUUUGGACAACGAAAAACUACCAUUGGUAUUUGAAGCAGGAAAUAUACACCUCCUCGGGAGAAGAGACAGAGUUCCUCAAGUUCCACCCGGAAAAUCCAACCAGAAUAAUGUUUGGUACUAAUAAACACAUUGAGAUCGUGGACAUGGCUUAUUCUCUUGGUCUUGGGCCUACUUCAUCGCCAUACGACGUGGGAAUGGCUUUGGUAGCAGACGGACCAGAAUGCAAAAUCACACCUCUUGGGCUUGCAAACGUUCCUCCUCCUUCCAGUCUUCGCGAAGUGUUGACCGAGGAUAAUCUUGUGGACGUUGGUGUUUCUCGCUCGAACUCGCUGUUUGCUCUGUUGAGCUACUCUGGUGUGAGUUUUGCAACCGUUGACUUGGACAAGAUUAUUCGUGGAAACGAGCCGGUGAUUCGCAGCAGGCUAUUGAAAACGAACUUUGGUCAGCCAUUGGACCGUCCAAGACAGAUCUGCUGCGUUGAGGACAAUCUUGUGGCCGUUCUGUUUGACUCCAACCAGUUUUCCAGAUUGGCUCUCAUUUCUGUUGUUGACGUUGAACAGCCAACAGUGGUGAAUAUUUUGGACAUCUUUCCUCCAAAGCCUGUUCUCUUAAAGCCUACUGCUGACUUCUCUGAACUGACAUACGAAACCAGCGACGGGUCUGUUUAUUUGUUGGACUCGAUCAAUUUUGAAGCUACCAAAAUUGGCCAGUUCCCACAACUAUGCUCAGACUACUGGGUUUCGUCGAUCGACGAGAAAAGAUACUGCUUUGGACUCUCGUCAACGGGAAAGCUGUAUGUGAACCAAAUGCUGGCCUGUUCGGGUGUCACGUCCUUUUUGGUGACCGACUCUUAUUUGCUCUACACCACAGCCAAACACCAACUCAAGUUUGUCCAUAUGGACCACGAGAUAGACCAGAAUCCGUUUGACGAGAACGAGGAGGACGAAAGAACCCGGAUGAUCGAGCGUGGAUCGCUCUUGGUCACUGCCAUUCCGUCCAAGGCGGUUGUUGUUUUGCAGGCUCCUCGAGGAAACCUCGAAACGAUCCAUCCCCGGAUCAUGAUCCUGACCGAGGUCAGACACUUGAUCAAACACAAACAGUACAAGGAGGCGUUUAUUGUUUGCAGAACCCAUCGUAUUGCGCUGGACAUUCUGCACGACUACGACUCCGAGUCGUUUUUCAAGAACGUGGAGCUGUUCAUCAAGGACAUUAAAAAGCCAGAACACAUUGAACUUUUCCUGUCGACAUUGUUGGAGGAAGACGUUGUUGAGACCAAAUAUAGAGAAACAGAAACCACCAUUGCACAGGACUUCUCGCAGCUGGAGAUCUCCGAGUAUAAGAAACCAACGGGUAAGGAGAAGAUCAGCAAGAUCUGCGAGGCUGUUUUAUCGGUCUUGCUCACUCCCGCAUACAAAUCCAAGUAUCUACAAACAAUCAUCACAGCGUAUGCCUGUCAACAUCCGCCAAAGACCACCCAGGCUUUGGAGUUGAUUGGAUCGUUCAAAGACGAGGCAGAGACGGAGAAAGCUGUUCAACACCUGUGUUUCCUGCUGGACGUGAACAUGCUCUACGAGGAAGCUCUUGGGAUCUACAAUGUUCCAUUGACUCUUGUGAUUGCUCAACAGUCGCAGAAAGAUCCAAAGGAAUACCUUCCGUUUUUGCAAAAACUUCAUGUGCAACCAGACCUGACUAAGAAAUUCAUGAUUGACGAAUACCUCAAGAAGUACGAAAAGGCUCUUGACUCGCUGGUUCAGUAUGCUUCUGACGAUGAGAUCUUGGAGUUUGUGAUUGAACACAGUCUGUACAAGCACGCACUGGCUCUUUACCGGUACACCAAGGACAAGUUUGAUCUUGUGAUGAAGUCGUAUGCUGACCAUUUGCAUGAGUCCAGAGAAUACGGCGACGCAGCUCUGGCGUACGAGACGCUGUCGAUGAAAAAGGAGGCUCUGGAGAACCAUGUUCUGGCAAGAAACUGGGAACAGGCUGUUGUUCUGGCUAUUCACGACAACCAGCUACUGGAAGACACUUGUACCCGGUUGGUAGCUCUGUUGACCGAUACCCACGAAUACACUGCUGCUGCGUACAUCCAGCUGAAGUUCCUCAACAACAUCGAGGAGUCGCUCAAGCUGUACUGCAGCAACCACCAGUACGCGCAUGCAAUCAUGCUGUGCUACCAGGAGAAGAAGGAGCAGCUUGUGGAGUCUGUGGUUGAUCCAGCUCUUGGAGAGGGAUUUGGUAUCAUUGCGGAUCUUCUUGCUGAUUGUAAGGGCCAGGUCAACUCGCAACUCGGCCGGUUACGUGAGCUGCGGUCCAAGAAACAGGAAGAUCCGUUUGCAUAUUAUGGAGAGAUGGCCGAGAACGACACUCCGGACAACGUUUCGAUUGCGGCCUCGGAAACGUCCACCAAGGAAUCGUUCUUCACAAGGUAUACGGGCAAGACCCAGGGAACGGCAAAGACGGGAGCGUCGCGCCGUACAGCCAAGAACAGACGUAGAGAAGAGCGGAAAAAAGCAAGAGGAAAGAAAGGAACCAUUUACGAAGAGGAAUAUCUGGUGAAAUCGGUCGGUCGUCUUGUUGAGCGUCUGGACCAAACACAGCCCGAGGCUCUGCGUCUGAUCGACGGUCUGGUCAGACGGAACAUGAUGCACCAGGCGUACGAGAUCCAGAAAAACUUUGUGGAGCUCAGACAACUGUUGCAAGAACACAUCAAGGAGAUCUACGAUAUCAGCGAAAAAGACCGUGAACGGAUCGACGACAACGGACUGGUGUACCUGGUUCCAGAGCUGCCUGUUCCGGAGAUUGUUGCGUUUCCAAAACGCAGUCUACUCGACUACUGA